AUGUCUCAUAUUUGCUUCUUCUUAUCCAUAUUAAUAACAAUUUUCUUAUUACAAAUAUCAAAUCUUCAUUCUACUGCAAUACAUUCUGGCACUAACAAUCAUAUAUUACAAGAUAAUGAUGAUAAUCAACAUAUACAAAACAAUCUUUUCUAUUUAAUUAAAAAUAUUCUUGAAGAAACAAAUGCUGACGAACAAUUAAUCUUACUUAAUCAAUUACGUGAAUAUCUCAAUUUUAUGUGUACUACAGGUUAUUUGGGUUCAUCACAUACUUAUGCAUGUCAACGUAUAAAUGAUAUUAUUCAUCAACAUCAUGAUAAUUCCAAUAUUGAACAACGUAGUUUACAAAAACGUUUUUUUUGUAAUGGUUUUAUUGGAUGUAAAAGUACUAGUGGAUGA